AUGUCAGAUACAGAAGUAAGGGCCCAACUACGUGAGAUCUUUAGACGUGAAGGACUAGGUGACUCCACAACAGUGUUGCAGUUGCUCUCGCAACUAAUACCCGAGUCCCUACAGGAAGAAUGGCUAGAUCAGAUGGCCGAAGCGGACAAGAAAGGGUGUCCCGAAUCGUUUGUGGACUCACUACCAAGAGUACCAAAAUCAGAAAUCUCACCCUCGAGUAGUUGUUCGAUAUGCUAUGUAAACUAUCUCAACGAUGGGUAUCCCCUAGUGGUACGCCUACCACAUUGCGGACACGAUUUCGACCUAGAAUGUUUAUCCGUGUGGUUCAGCAAGAGUACUAGCUGUCCACUAUGCCGUGAUGACGUGUUGUCACACCGUGCAGAGGUCGAUACGAGCCAGGUCGAAUUAGAGGAAGACUGGGGGAUGUACGGUUGA